AUGAGAUUCUCCAUCGUUUCCGCUGUCAUCGCCUCCGCCGGCCUCGUCGCCGCCGCCCCUGCCUCGGAGCCCGGCAAGCGUGAGAUGAACUUGGGUGGUAUUCCUGGGUCCGGCCUUAUUGGCGGCAGCGGCUCUGGCGCUGCCAACGGCGUCACCGAUGCCUUCCAGCAAGCCCUCGCCUUGUUGUUCGGAGCUGGUGAUGCUGUCCUCAACAACCCCCUCGACGCCGUCACCAAGUUGUUCACAAACCCUACCCAGGCUCCGGCUGAUAUCGCCAAGAACCUCAUGGGCUCUGUUACCGGCCUUGCCAAGGGUGCUGGAAAUGUUGUUACCGCCAUUCCCAAGGGUGUCGGCCAGGACAUGGCCAAGGCCAGCGGCAAGACCAACUAG